CUCAUCUCAUUUCGGUGUAGCAGGAAACUCCUCUUAUCUGAGCUCCUCCUGACAAUAGCAGUGCUGUUUUCCAUGUCACUGUGAAGUAAGACCAGCGGACAAACAGCACCGUAGCCAUGAGCCAGACAGCUGAGCAGCUGUUAAUCAUCUAUGAGACGGAGGCAGAGCAAUGGGCCACCUAUCUGCAUUUAGCCUUCGCUGGUCCAAUCCCAGAGGCCGGGAUCCGGUGCUAUGACAUCGCCGCAGUGUCCAGCCGGCAGGAUGACUUCCUCAGGCUGGCCCAGUACGCCUGCAAGUUCCUGGUCCUUUCAAAGGGCAUGCUGGAGGGCAUGUGCCAGAAGCAGCGCUUCUUCCUGGCCCGCGUGUUGCAUCCUGCGGCCCGUGUGGUGGUGCUGCUGUGCGGGGUCGAGAGCCUGACCCCGCUGCUGGAGCUGGUGCCCCUGAACGGCGACGAGUGCCUGCAGGUCUCCAGUGAACAAGAUGCUCAUGAGUACACGUCCACUGUGAUUGAUAUCGUGAGAAAAGGUGUGUUAGCCACAGCGGCAAAUGUCAACCCCAUGACUCGUAAACUAUCAGGAUCAGAGCAAAAGGCGGAACAAAUGCAGUCACCUGGAGGCCAGAGUGUCCGAUCCAGCAUUGUGGUCGUUCCCUCCAGAGUUCCAUGCGGGAGCUCUACGGAAGUGUUCAUUCUCUUGAAAAAUGAGUCGGCUGGCAGCGACGCUGAGGUUGAGUUCACUGGUGAGAAUCAGAUGCUGAGAGUGAAGCCCGUCUGCUGGAAUGAGCGGAUCCUGUGCGUCAACGCACCAGAUUUUCCAGCAGGAAAUGUGAGAGUGACUGUGUAUAGCGGUGGGGUGCCACUGAGCAAGGCACAGCUGCAGUACUACAGCAACAUGGAGGAAAUAACCUCCCUCCUUGCGAGGGCAGCAGACCCUGUGGACUUCAUGUGUCAGGCUCUUCGUGAGUCCUCUGUGGAGAAACUGGAUCAGAAGUUGUCCUCCAUGUUGUUGGAGAGCAUGCCCACCGGAGGCUUUCAGGGACUGCAGUGUGAAAACACUCCUGAAAGAGAGCUGCGCCAAGCAGAUGCACCGUCGCUCCUCCACUUUGCCGCCCAGUACGGAUUCAAGAGCGUCUCCAGCCUGCUCCUCCAGUGUCCAGGUGCUGAGCGAGCGCUGCGAACAGCCAACCGCCACGGACAGACUCCCACUGAGAUCGCCAAGAGUCAAGGCCACACGGAGCUCCACGUCUUAUUGAAGGAGACACUGAAUAUGUUCAACUCGCGCGAGGACAAUGGGGAUGCCGGUGUGUACGAAAUGAUGAGCACUGCAGGGACUCCUUCCACCAAGCGUGAACAGGAUGAGCAACAAGGAGAGGAUGAAGAGGGGGAGGAUGAGGAUAUCUACGCACCACUGGAGCUGAAUGAUGAAUAUGACAGCAUCAUGAACUCAACAAAAGCAGUGGCUAUUGCCAAUCGCCCACCAGCACCCACACCUCGGCCUGAGAGCACCCUGCAGGAGGACAGAACCCCUUACAUCACUAAAGUGUUCCAGAAGAAGAAGACACAACAGGGCGAUGCUGAUCUGUAUUCACUUCCCACCAAACAAUCGCAUGGGCGGGAAGACAGCAUCUCUUCCACCUAUGAUACCUUUGUGCCAAACCAGACAAACGGGCUCCAGCAGCAGCAGCUCAUUGAGCUCCAGCAGAGGGUGAAGGCAGGUUCACUCACUGUGGACUGGCAGCGGGUUCAGAAGGGCAUGGACGGCGUCCAGCAGCAGAAGUCGAGUCAGCCGAGAGCCAGUAUCGUCAACAGCAGAAAGGCCGAUGACAGUGUCUAUGAUAAAAUCAACAUCGUUCAUCACACGCCAAGUGUUGCAGUGAGUGAAAAUCGAAGAGGAAACCGAGCAGUGGAGUCUAAUUUUUACAGCAAGCCACUUAAAGGACAGCAUUUAAGUUUCUUCUCGAAAGGUGACAAACGGUGAAGGCUCCAUCACUCUACAAAGACUCUAUUCAUCCACCAAUUAUAUCAGGUAUAAUCUGUUUGAAAACAUAAUCUGUCGAUUUAAUUGUAUUAUUAACAAAGUUUUGUAUUUCCAAUUAACAAGUGAGAUGAUUUUUGAUGUAUUUCUUACUGAUUGUUCAGCUUUUUUUUUUUGCCUCUUUUAAGAUAUUAUGGUAGUAAAUAGUAAAGUUCUGGUUUAAGGAAAAAUCACAUAUACAAUGUACAAUGUGUGUAACUUAACUUUUGAAAUCAAAUUUGCAUCUUUAUUAUCAUUUUAUCUUAAUCUUAAAAGUUUUCCAUGUCAACAACUACCUUGUUCAUUUUGAAAAUUGUCUAUUUCUUCUACUCUACUAAAGUUAUAAUAAAUAUUGUUCAUGCAUCUUUCACACAGUGAAAAAAUCCAAUUAAAUAUCCAUAUAAAAAU